AUGGGUAUCCAGGAUCAGCCUCUAAAGGCACAAAACAUCCCAGAGAGCUCUGUCCUCUCUGGGCAGAGCCGUCUCUCGAGUGUUGAGUCCCUGUGUGACUCAACACCUUCCACACAAGGAGAAAAGGAGCCAGAAGAAAUCCUCAGCAGCCAGGCUGAGCACUCUCUGCGCCCCACACAGCAGCACUCAUCCAUGGGAUCAUCCAGUGCUACGGUGGCCUCUCCUGGAGGAUACGGUGUUGAUGUGAUCCCCCGAUCUACUUCUUCCGCUGGUCUGGUCCAUUCUCACUUUGGUGGAUUUGUCGAGUCCUUUGAGGCAGACCAUUUCUACAGCAAUGAAGAAGAUCAAAUCAUAUUGAAUAUAGUCGAGGAUACAGAUUUGGAGGGACAAAACACAUAUGCAGAGCUAACAAUCAAGGAGCCCUUUGCAGAUGGACUGUGUGAAGUGACAGAUGACCACAGUAUCUCCCAGCCGGGCUGGGUGACCAAUCAGGAAGCUAAAAGGAGCUGUGGGCCAGCUGGGGUUGAUCGUGAAGGAAGAGAAUCUUCAACAAAUCUUUGUUUCCUCACCACUCACACUCUGACAAACUCACACUGCACAAAGUCUGACACUUUACGAGAUCUUGUUGGAGCCUGUCAGUUGGAGCCACAGUGGGGAAGUCCCAAGUUUAUUAUGCCCUUAGCUCCUCUUAGCUCCUCCUUCAUCCAUCAGACAAACAACAGUUUGGAAGGAGAUCAAACUUGUGCCAAAAGGUCUUUCAAUAACAACAGGGACCUCAGUUGUGAUCACAUACAACCUUGCAUUCCCUGGCCAACCUCAGAUGGGAUUACAGACAAACCAUAUUUGGAAGGUGUUGAAGAGUUGAUUCAUAAAAAGGAAAAUACACUAGAGUCCUCUGAUAAAUCUUCACCAGACAGACAACUGGACUUAGAUACUGCAGAGUGUUUCUUCACUACAAGAAAAACAGUAAUUGAGGAGAUUAAUGAUCUCAGUAGAGAACUGUCGAACUUGGCUGUUGUCCCUGCAGAUCAAUUAAUCAUCUCAGAGAAGAACCGCAUUGCAUUCAUCACUUUAGAUUUAAAUGACCCAUUUGUCUCCAGGGCUUCAAGUCCCAUCGCCACAGUCGUACAAUCUAAGUUUAAUCAGAAAACAGCUGAAAGGAUGCCUCACAAAACCCACAAGUCCACCUCAGAGGGCAAAACACGCUCCAAAAAGGACAAGUCAGCCGGUCAUCACCAUGGUGCACAAGCUUCCAAGAAACAGGAGAAUUUAUCUCACCAUGUUUCAGGCCAGCAGGUCUGCAAACAGCAAGAAAAUCACCCUCUUACUGGAGAAAAUCAUACCAGUGAGAACACUCCAGCUGGUCCUGAGGACAAGGAGGCUAAAUUGGUGAUUGAGACUGGUGUGGCGACGGAGAAGGCUCCAAGCAAGACACAUGGCAAGAAGAAAAAGAAACAUGCUCAGAAUGCAACAGGAGUGAAAAGUGUAGGGGAGCCAUUGGUUGAAGUGGAAAAUGGAGCAAAACCAAAGACUGCAAAAGGAAGGAUUGAGAUGUUUGAGGCCACCCUGGGUGUUAAAGCUGGGAAAGCUCAAAAGGACAGUGAUCAGUCACAUAGUACUGAGAAAAAGUCCCAGCAACCAGAGGCUAAAGCUUCCCAGGGAGAACAAGUUCAGAACAAGACGGAUCAUAAAGACCACAAGCCAAAAAACUUCACCAGUCCUCUGAACGAUGAUAUUAUUAAAAGACGACGCCUGUCAGAGCAUAAGUUUGGGAAGAUUGUCAGUGUUUUGGAGUCUAAAAUACCCAAGCCAGAAGUCUCUAUCCAGACAAAGGGAGAGGAGCCCAAGGUAGAUGCCGGGGAAACUCGGAAGAAGGCAUACAGUGAAGUAGUCAAACAGAAAAUCCCACCUAAGGAAGAGCCAAAGGUGUUGAAGCCUAUCCAAGCAGUGGCAGUGAGUGGGGACCCCCAGAGUCUGUGCCUGUGGUGUCAGUUUGCGGCUGUGUUCUCCCACCACACUGUCACCUGGGGCCGAGACGGCACUGUCCUUUCUGAGAUCAAGAGAAGUGCAGGGGACGAGAGCAGAGUGUCACUGAACAUCUCCAACGCUUCUCACAAAGACUUGGGCAAGUACGAGUGUCGGCUCACCAGUUUACACGGAUCAGUCACCCUGGACUACCUGCUCACAUAUGAAGUGCUCGGUGAAAUUGUGAUCCCUCCAUCUCUGAAGGCCGUAUCAUCUGCCCCUGUAGAGAUGGGGAGUGAAGAGGAGGAUGUCAAGUGUUCCAGGCUGAUGUUCAAAGAGGAUUUCCUAUCUGACCAAUACUUUGGAGAGAACCAACCUGUCAGCAUCCUCACUGAAAAGGUCCACUUUGGGGAGGGGAUGCACCGGCGGGCUUUCCGGACCAAGCUGCAUGUGGGUCAGAUACCCCUGUUACUACCUGGACACUCUUGUGUGCUCAAAGUACACAAUGCUAUCAGCUACGGGACCAAGAACAACGACGAGCUUGUUCAGAAGAACUUUACCUUGGCUGUAGAGGAGUGCCAGGUGCAGAACACAGCAAGAGAGUACAUCAAGGCAUACACCACUGCGGCCCAGUCUGUUGAAGCCUUCGGAGAGAUCCCAGAGAUCAUUCCCAUCUACCUGGUUCACCGUCCAUCCAAUGACAUCCCAUAUGCCACACUGGAGGAGGAGCUGAUCGGUGACUUUGUCAAGUAUUCAGUCAAGGAUGGCAAAGAAAUCAACCUGAUGAGACGUGACUCGGAGGCAGGACAGAAAUGUUGUGCUUUCCAGCACUGGGUCUACGAUAAGACUGAGGGAAACCUUCUGGUUACUGACAUGCAAGGAGUGGGAAUGAGGCUUACUGAUGUGGGAAUAGCCACCUGCAAGAAAGGAUAUAAAGGCUUCAAAGGAAACUGUGCCACCUCCUUCAUUGACCAGUUCAAAGCCUUGCACCAGUGCAACAAAUACUGUGAGCUCCUGGGCCUCAAAUCCCUGCAGCCCAAAGCUAAAAAGCCUGCAUCUGCUCCGAAACCCAAACCUCAACCCCCUGCUGCACCCAAGAAAAAGACAUUUGGGCCAACAGUGAAGGGAAAGUCAUAACAGGAGGAGAAUCUUGGACUAUGGCUUUCAUUUUUAUUGAAAUGGUGAGGUUUUUGGUGAUUCGCUUCACUCAUGUUGGACCUCAUCAUGCAGAGUUUGGGCCUGUCAAAGGGGAAUCAGAAAGGUGUUCUGGGUUCUGGACUGUGGCAGGCUAGAUCAUGGAGGACACCUAUCGUUACGCAGUCAGUUUUUGCUUCAUCUCAUGUUGAACAUUUGAGAGAUUUAUUUAUUUUAAUAAGAAGAUUUAACCAGAGAUGGUUUCUGUAUAACUAUGAGUAUUUCUAAUCUGAGGAAGGAAACUUUAUUUAGUUUUAGAAAAACUGUGACAAAUUUAAAAACACUUGAAAAUGAUGAUAAGAAUGACGAAUUUGUCGACAGUGUUGAACUGUGAUGUCUUAGAGAUUGCUUUUAUUGAUGAGGUGCAAUGAUUUUCUUUACAGAUCAAUGCAGAGUUUUUCUUGUUUUUCUACUUAUGUGAUGUUUUCAAACUAUUAGUUCAUUAAAUUAAUGAACUUGUUAAUUAAUUGAUUAAAGGAAAUGUCUUUAAAGUAGGUUGUACGAUAAAAUAGACACAGUAGAGGAAGUAUAUUGUUUAAGGUUCAGUUACACUGUAUGAGUGGGUAAUAUGAUUUAUUUGCAAGGUGACAGAGGUAUUUGAUGGGCGUAUAUUCAAUUUAAUCUUACAUUACUAUAAUGUUUGUUCAUGUAGUAAAGCUACUGAUUUAAGAUGUGCUCAUAUUUAUAUCCCAGAAACAACACAAAGUUAUUUUGUACACAUUAAGCUAAGUAAGCUAAUGCCUUUGAAUGUAUUCACUGAAAAAUGUGAAAAUGUAUAGAUUUUUCAUUUUAUUAUGAGGGGCAAUUCUGCUUGUUAGAUUUAUUUUUGAAUAUCUGACAUCAUUUUAAGGAUCUAUACUGCGCUGGUCUAGCUCAAACUAAGUGAAAGACAUGUAAAACUAAACCCAGUCAUGGCACCAGACUAACCUGAGAGAAAAAUCUAAUUACAUACAUAGCCCAUAGGAUCAAUUCAAUUGCAGUCUCACACGGUCUCUACAUAUAAUAACCCUCUCUGUCCUGCUCUCACUGUUGCUGUUUAAAUCCCUGACCCACAUUUCUGACAUGGCUCUCAGGUUGCGGCUAUAGCCAGUGUGUAUGCAAAUAGUAGAUCUUUGUUAUUAAAGAGAUGUUGCUGGUUGGA